CGCCUCACAAAAGCAGCACUGGAGACGGCAGAGCGCUCGCGAACUAAUGGCGUCUCUCCAGCGCGGAGCAGCUGAUUUCUCACCUAACACGACAACAGAGGCGUCGAGGAGGUAAACACGACCCGCCCCCGGAGCCGUGCACUCAGCCAGCCUCGCUAUCUCCCGCCUGGAUGUGUCGUGGAGGCUCCUCGGGUCGUCGGGGACCGAGAGUAGCCCGCUGCUGCGGCGGUAUACAAACAAACAAGAGGGAUAGCUGCAGCUAAUGCUCCCGGUCUGGUGUCGCGCUGCCUUCUCUCCAGGGCGGUGGGUGUUCGCCUCUCGCGGGCGUUGACAGCAGCAGGUCCUACGUUUGUUUCGUCACCGGAGGCACACGGAGUGAACAUGGGCAUCACCCCUUCCCCAGUCGUCUCCUCCUCCGCCUGACUCGGCCGCCUCUUCGCUAAUCCAAUUCAGGAGAUCGUCUCUUCAUUCCUUCCCCGAGGUUACACCAGCAACACGGCUCUGUCCCAGAAAGCCAGCUCUGUGGCGGUAAAGAUGACCAUGGCACGGUACCGCCCCACAUGGGAGCUGGCUGUGGACCCUUUGGUCUCGUGCAAGCUGUGCCUUGGAGAGUUCCCUCUAGAGCAGAUGACCACCAUCACACAGUGCCAAUGUGUCUUCUGCACUCUGUGCCUGAAGCAGUACGUGGAACUUUUAAUUAAAGAAGGCCUUGAAACGGCAAUUAGCUGUCCAGAUUCUGCCUGUCCCAAAAGAGGACUCUUGCAGGAAAAUGAGAUCGAGUGCAUGGUGGCGUCAGAGAUGAUGCAGAGAUACAAGAAGCUACAGUUUGAAAGAGAGGUGCUGCUGGACCCGUGCCGGACGUGGUGCCCUUCGUCCACCUGCCAGGCGGUGUGCCAACUUAAGGAAGCAGACUCUCCAGCUAUGCCCCAGCUGGUCCAGUGCGCCGUCUGCGCCCUGGAGUUCUGCUCGGUCUGCAAAGCCAACUGGCACCCGGGGCAAGCCUGCCCAGAGAACAACCUGCCCAUCACAGCCUUCCUACCAGGCGAAAACAGCUCGUUCUUCAAGAACGAAGAGGACGACGCACCAAUCAAACGCUGCCCCAAAUGUAAAGUUUACAUCGAGAGGGACGAGGGCUGCGCACAGAUGAUGUGCAAGAAUUGCAAGCACGCCUUCUGCUGGUACUGUCUGGAGUCUCUCGACGACGACUUCCUCCUCAUCCACUACGACAAAGGACCCUGUCGGAACAAACUGGGACACUCCAGAGCGUCCGUGAUCUGGCACAGAACACAGGUGGUGGGGAUCUUCGCUGGAUUCGGCCUGCUCCUGCUCGUCGCCUCCCCCUUCCUCCUCCUGGCCACGCCCAUCGUCCUCUGCUGCAAGUGUAAAUGCAGUAAAGGCGACGACGACCCGCUGCCGACUUAAGCAUUCCUGCCGGCGGGGCAGUAAGUGGCCUCGCAGGAUGGAUUUUCCCUCAUUCUCACCUAUUUAUCGUACUCCCUGCUUCAUUUUUGGCUGCGAAGCUGCGGCUGCUUCGGGGAUCCAUCGCUCUGCAUGAGUGAGGCUGGUUGUUGCAGCUCUGCCGGCAGAGAGCUGCGGGGUCAAGUGUCAAGAGGCCAAACUUGUCAAGGCCGAGGACGCCGGCGCAUUGGGGGCGUGGGGCGCGUCUUGCGAGAAAACUACGGCUCGAACAGUGACGCGGCGAGCCACUUGAGAAAGAGCCAGCGAGGCCCUGCGUUAUUUUGCGACACUCCCCAACGACACACACAUGUAGCUCUACAGAAUCAGUCAGUAGCAUCUGAGUGGCACCGCUCGACCUGCACACGGGACACCAGGUCACGUCCACGACUGACGUAGAGACGCGGCGCCACCGCUCAGCUCAGCGUACGUCCUCCCGAUGAUGUCAAUGUUUUUUAACCCUUCGCUUUGAACAGGACCGUGCUCAGAGUGUGUCGCGUCUUGUGCCCGGGAGUGUGUCACACAGCGGGGAGCGCCUCUCGGUUUGACGCCCGCUGGGUUCAAAAUAACUGAACUGGCAACAUGCUCUGAAAUGACCGAAGCACAAAACAGUGUAGUCAACUAGGAGUGGCAAGAGAGGAAAUAAAUGAGGAAAUAUAAAAGAUGGAUACAUGAAGUCGAGAUGCUUAAGAGCAUUUCCGUUUAAGGUUUGUUUACUUUUCUGUGUUUAGUUCCACAUUUAUUUUCUCAUUUUGGCACUCCUGGGAUUCCGUAGUCACUGGAACAGUGAAGCUAGGUAUGGCAACACUGUGAGGGCAAAAGUGGUGAGGAAGUGGGGUGACAUGUUACACCUUCAAAAUGAUUCAUAAGUAAGAGCAUAGACUCAGAAAUUUACCAAAAUAUAAAGAGAAACCUGUCGAUUUCUUGCCGCCAUAAAAUGGCUGCCAUUUGAUUCUGAUGGAAGUGGUGCGUUCAAGUGCGCUGGGACUGUUCAGAAGUUUAGGUGGGAUCUGAGGUGCUGGGGUUAGCCAUAACCCGCAGCACCACAAGUGAACGCACUAUAAAAGUCCAGUCUGUCAAACAGAACCCGAGCGGCGCUCCUCCUUCUUUGUUCCUCAGCAUCACUCCUCCUGUUCAGCAACAGAGAUGCCACUCGGGCUCAAACCCAAACCCAAAGCCAAAACAAACAAAAAGAAAAAGCCUUAAUUUGUGACUAGCCAAAACCAUUCUACCCUCUGCAUUAAAAAAAAAAAGAAAAGAAAAAGCAAAUGCAGACUACGAUCCCUUUACAGAGUAAGAUUCUAUGAUGUCGUCCAUUUCUCAUGUCGGGUCCACCCCGCCCCGCUCAUAUCACAAACUUGCAUAUGUCAGUGGUCUGUGUAGUUUCUGUUGGACGUCAGACCCCAGCAACAAGCAGCUAUUCCCUCCGAAAACAUUCAAGAAUGUCGACAUUUUUGGGCACAUUUCUACGAGGCUGCUCUUUAUAUCACUUUAUCUAUGCAAGUUUGUACAUUGUCACGAGGAAGGGUUCGCUGCGGAGUGAAGCUACAGAAUGUACACGCGCAUAUCUUUUGUUUCAAGAGGGGAAGGAAAUUCGUUUUUCUACGUGGGUGUCUGAGUCUUCAGUCUUUUUGUCAGUAAAAUCCUCACCUAACAACCGAUCAUAGAUGAACGUGCUCGCUCCAGGAUUUCGCAGAGUUGUGAGCGGAAAUAUGAAUAUGAAUGAAACCCUCAGUUAUUUACUUGUUGAAGGGUCGAUAAAAGAUCCGACUGAUGUGUGGAGGGCGGAGCCAUAAGAGACUUCUGAGGCUUCAUGAAACAGUGUCCUGAUUUUCAGAGGCCACCAGAUGGCGCUGUCUGCUGUAAACUGUUUGGAUUUGAACUAAUUCAAUAAAACCCCUGUUCUAAAAAAAAAGAGCUCCAUCUAGUGACACUGUUUCAUGAACCCUGCAACACUGUUUCAUGAUACCGCAUCUACCCAUCACUGGUGGCUAAUAACUGAUCCAUAAAACCUCAGAAAGAUUGCUGCUUUUUCAUUUACUGCUUUACCAAAUCAAACAAUUCUAAAUUGAUCUACUAGAUGUGAUUCUGAUUUAACUGAUAAAGUGGAAAAAAAUAGAACUUUUAUAGUAACAAAAAUGAAUAACUACUUGGCUGUAAUAGACUUUUUUUGCAAGUUUUUUGACAGUGGACAAAAAGAUGUGAUUUUGUUGUCCUGUAGGUGUCAGUAGAGAGCCGUCCAUCCACAUCCAAGAAGCGUCUUCUGCUACUGAGACCGUCGUGCUCUUCUUCAUAAUAAUUUUUCACUUAUUAAAGAGCUUUUUUAAAAACUUUCAAUUAUGUUUUCACUGAACUUUUUAGAAUCAGAAAAACGUUAUUAAUCCUUAUUAACUAAUUUAAUUUAUUGGAAAUAAAUAUUAAAAAGUAACUUCAAAAAAAGAUAUUAAAAUAGUGAAAGGGAUAGAAUAAUUGAAAUUAAAAUGGAAAUAAAGAUGAGUGAAUAGACCAGACUAAAAUAAAAUAUUGUUCAUCAAUUUCAUCUCUCAAGAAAAAUUUCCAGAAGGUGUCAGCAGAAGACAAAGUCAGUUUUUCCAUUGUAUGAAUUCGGAUCGCAGGGGCAGCAGGUGAAUUUAAGUGGCCUAGAAACCUCCAGGUCCAGAUGCCUGCUUGCCUUCUGGCUUGGCUCUUUCUUUGAACGCAUCCUGGAGCACCAAAAAGGACGGCAAAGAUGCGAAGGAACACUGCGAAAUCUUGGAAAGACCACUCUGCUGUUGCACUGGUGAAACCACUGAGCUGCCCUUUGUGUGAAUUACAAAACACUUUUUUCCUAUUUUUAUUUUGGCUCUACUGAGGAAGGCCACGCCAGUGUUCGUGUAGCAAAGGAUUUCAGCCAUGUGCGGCUCCAGACACCAAAAUUCAAGGUAGCUUGUUUUUGGAGAAGCUGUUCCACCCUGUCGUCUGUAGCUUUUAACAGCAGUAGCCAUCUCACCUGUCUCAAACUCAUCUUCCUGUUGUUUCCGACAAUCGUGCCAAGCAGACCGGAAGUCCAUUCAUGAACCGUCCCUACAGGGUCGCUCCGUUUUCACGCUUCUUCUCCUGCUACUGUCCGUAGUUGUUACAUGAGCUGGUGUGUUUACCGAAAGCAGCAGCUGAGCUUGAUGUCAACACCAUCGAAACGACUGCGGGAGACUUUCACGUGGCACAAUAUGGCGUCGAACAAAUCCUCAUCCCUUCCACUGUGUUUUUGACGAAACUGGUUGAUCAAAUAUGCAACAGAAUAAGGGCCAAAACCGCGACCAUCAGGAUCCACUCGACAAUUCCAACCUACAGCAGCACAGAACAAGAGCUACUUUGCUUACGACGUCUUUGUACCUAUUUUGUCAGGAACUUGCAUGACUUGUUUAAUAUUGUAGCCCUCACCACCUGAACGGUAGCUUCUCAUCCUGCUUUCGAAUUGGACCACGACGGUCAAUAAAGUUGCUCUUCCCUCUCUGUGACUUUAAGUUCAUGGCAGACACCAUUCUCACUUCGGUUUUGUCGGAAUAUAAGUGCCGUUUGUUGACAUGUUGGUGUUUCAAAAAAGAAAAAAGAGAAGGUCCAGACAUUGUACAAUGGCAUAUGUAUCGGUUCAAUAUAUCUACGGUUCCACUAACACUGUGACACCAGGUAUUAAAUGUUUUUUGUGACCA